GGAGAUGAAAAAGAGCCCCCAUGCACCCGGCACGCUGCACGUAGCAACUCGCAUCGCAUCGCAUCGGUGCGAGAUAGCUGCCCCACUUGCGUGCGCAGACCCUCAGCCAUGCUCUCGCAACUCAUUGAGCGCUUCAUAAAACGCCUCUGCGGCCGCUGGCUCAAAAAUUUCGACGGCUCGCAGAUCAACGUGAGCCUCGGCGGCACCGUCACGCUCGAGCACCUCGACCUCAAGACGGAGGAGCUCCGCGCGCUUCUACUCCCGUACGAGCCUGUGUCGGCGUCCGCGCGACGGCUCAAGCUCGAGAUCGACCCGCUCAGCAGCUCGCUGCGCGUCGACGUCGAGAACGUCGACGUCGCCCUGACGGCACGUUCGGCCUUCGACGCCGCCGACGCGCGGGACGCCGUCGAGCGCGCCGUGCACCUGUAUUUCACGACGUAUUUACGGCCGCCGAAGCAAGCGCAGAACGACGCCGGCGCAGCGGCGCUGCGAGACCUGCUGCGGUCCUCGGAACUUACCCUGAGGAGGCUCCACGUGCGCGUCGCGCAGUGCCUGCCGCUGCGGGCGCUCGGCGACGGCCGCGGGCAGCCUGUCCGCGCUGGGUUCUUUCUGGAAACGCUCGACGUGCGGAGCGCCCCGGGCGACCUGCACAAACGUAUAACAAUUGUAGGCCUCGCGGCCUACUGCGCGGCGGGGCCGCCCAAGGCCGUCUUCGCGCGCGGCCUCACCGUCGAGGCGGGCGGCGCCGCGGACGCCGCGGCGCGGGCCCGUGAGGCCGCGCGACGGCAGGGCGACGUGGUCCUCGCCGCCGACCUCGUCGAGCUCGACUUGAAUGUAAACGUGGACAUUGAUGCUCUUCUGAACAACACGGGAGGGCCCUGGCUCACGAGGGUCGACGCGGCGGUCUCGAUGGCGCGCGUCCGCGUCACCAUGUCCGACGUCGCGCGGCGGUUCUUGUUGGACGCGGCCGCCCGCUUCCGGCACUCGCACCGCCGGCGCCAGGACGUCGCCCGGCGGCCGCUGGCGAGAUGGGCGCGCGCGCUCGCGGCCGUCCGCGCGGAUCUUUUAGCGAGGAGGCCGCGCCCGGAAACCUCGGACGACGCGACGCGGUGGCGGCGCUACUUCGACGAGUGGCGGGCCUGCGCCAAGUACGUGGCGCGGCGCAAGCUGCUCGUCGACCGGGUCAAGUGCGGCGUCUUCGCCGACGCGGCGACGGGCGAGGCCUACUACGAGCUUGGCGAGCGCUUCGGCGGGCCGGCCGGCGACGUCACGCCCGAGGACCGCUCCCGGGCGGCGCGGGCCGUCCGGCGCCUCACGCGGCCGCGGCGCUACGCGUACCCCGACGACUACGUGCCCACGACGUCCACGGCCGUGGUGGACCUCGAGGACGAGGACCUGGAGCUCGACGGCUGGGAUCGGGAUGAAUCAAACGUCGCGGUGACACGCGCGGAGGAUUUGGACGACGCCGUCGCGCGCGCGUUGGACGCGGAGCAGCGGCGCUGCGAUCGGACGUGGCCGGUCGAGAGGGCCGCGGCCUGCCGGGCCGUCGCCGCGCGCCACAUGAUGCGCGACGCGGUUAUUGGUGAGGAGGUUUUAGUCGUAGCAAUAGUCGGCUGCAGCAACGUGCCGGCGGCGACGGUGAACCUGGCGAGCGACCGCCGGGCGCGCGUCGACGUGCGCGUCGGCGCAGCCCCGGAAUCGUACUUCGGCGGCGACGACGACGUCAUAAAAUCAAAACCGGCGGUCGUCGAGGACGACGCGUGCGCCUUCCACGAGGUCCUGGAGGUGCCCGUGGCGCGCGGCGCCGAGCGCACGCUGCGCGUGUCGCUCGUGGAAGUCGGCGCGACGUACGAUUCGGUGCUCGCGGCCGCCGCUAUUCCUUUGGAAGAUUUGGAGCCGGCGCCGUCGCGCAAGGGCACGCGGACCGUCGCGGCGACGCUCGACCUGGCGCCCAAGUCCCUCACGGACGGCUUCUUCUCGCGCAUCCUGGCGGCCUCGUGCUCCCUCGAAAUCGUCGCGGGGCGCGUCGCCGUCGACGGGCGCGUCGCGCGCAAGGCCGUCGCGGGCCAUUUGGAUCGGCUGCGCGACGAACCUUCCACGCCCCCGGCCGAGACGCUCCUGUCCGUGUCGCUGGCGGUCGAGGACCUCGACGCGCGCUGCGACGACUACCGCGUGACGGCCGCGCGGCUCGCGGGCGCGUCGGACCCCGUGCGCGUCCCCCGCGCCGCCGCGCACCGACCGGGCGGGUCCGGCGAGGGGUCCGUGGCCUACGCGUGCUCGCGCGCGCUCCGGGCGCUCCUCGCGCGGGACGCGCCCGCCGAGGUCUGCGCCCUCGCGGACGCCGUCUUCGAGGCGCCGGGCCGCCCGGCGCGGGCGCCCCGGGACCUGAGCUUCCGGCGUGUCGGACGCAUCGAGGCGGGCUGGUUCGACGCGACGCGGGCCGGGGACGUGCGCGUCGUCCUCGACGACGGCGCGGUCGUGAACGCGUCGGCGGCGGAGGUGCGCGUCAAGCGACCGCCCCUCGACGGCCUCGCCGCGCUCCUGUCGCGGGCGUCGGAGGGCGACGCGUGGGGCGGCGCGUGGGACUGCGACGGCUACCGCGUCGCCGUCCGGGCGCCCGUCUCCGGCGCGCGCUUCUGCGUCGUCGGCGCGCCGGCUUCGCUCCUCUCGGUCGCGGGCGCGCCGCCGCGCGUCGUCGUCGCCGACGACGACGCGGUCGUGGCGCCUGUGGCGCCGCGCGAGGAGGUCGUGGCGCCGACGCGUGUUUCGUUGCCUUCGCAAAGUCCUUCGCCGGCGCCGACGACGAAGAGGCCCUCUUGUUGUGUGGUGAGCUAG